UUACCCUGAGCCGUGCCUCCCACAACCCCUCAUCACCAUGGCUUCCCAGCCGCAGCCCCUGCACCCUGCCGUGCCCUGCACCCCCCCUGCCGGCACUGGGGGGGGCGGGCUGGCAGGCAGCCCCGAUAAAGGCAGUGCACGCCCCAAGCCACCGGUGCGGCCCAAGCCCCGCGUGCUGCCCAAGCCGGCCGUGCCCGCCAAGCCCCUGGUGCCUCCCCCCACCCCGGCCCCGCGGUACCCCCGGCCCGAGCUGCCCUCGGCCGAGAAGAUGAACCGCCUGGCUGGGCCCCAGCCCUAUAGUGGGGCAGGCACGGGGGGACCCCUCCGGCGCCCCUCCUUCACUGUCAGAUCACCCGAGACCCCCAAUGGGAAGGGGCUCUCAUCGUCCUUGGUCACAGGCACCGAAGAGGAGGUGCCCUCGGCCCCGCCAACCCCCUCCCGCAAGGGCCCAGCGCCCUUCAAGGUGACGCCAGUGCCGGUAGCUGCCAGGCCAGAGCGGUUCCCGGGCACCACCGUGGAGGAGAUCCUGGCCAAGAUGGACAAUAGGGAGGGCCCAGGCAGCCCAGACCGGGCCUGGCUCUCACCCUUCUGCACUGACCCCUCCUCCCGCUUCGGCUCUAAGACCUUUGCUGCCUUCCGGAAGCGUCCCAGUGGGGAGGCAGAUGCAGACCCUGCCGGUGAAGCCCCCCAGAUGCCCCCACCUGUGGCAGGCGAGCUGGGAAUAGGGGAUGAUGGGCACCCUGUGGCUGAGAUGAGCAGCUCCCCCCCAACUGGGCUGAGCUGUGCUGGGGACCCCCGCGGAUGCCAGAGGCCACCCUCCCCUCCUGACCUUUCCACUCUACAGCUGGGUGCCCUUGGACCUCCAGGCUCCCCAAGGCCCCCUGCCUGCCCAGCCCUGGCCCCAGGAGCUCCUUUCCAGCCUGCAGAGCCCUCUGCCCCAGCCCCUGGCUCCCCUGAUGCCCCCCCUGAGCUCCUGGCUCCCGACUCCCCCACACGGCCCCCUGGUUCCCCUGAAUCCCCCACUCGGCCUCCAGCUGAGGUCCACAUCACCUCCAUCCAGGCCCCAGGUGCUCCCUCGGCCACUGAACCCCAGCGCAGCAUCUCCUGUUCCCCCGGUUCCCCACACACUCCAGGAGAGGGAUCCCCUGGCACUGCCAGCCCCCCUGGCACUCCUGAACUGCCCCCGCGAGUCACCUGCCCCCCCGGCUCACCUGAGGCUGCUGCUGAGUAUCUUGCCCCGCCCAGCCCACCCCUUGCCAAAGCCAGUCGUCCCCCAGGCUCCCCAGAGGGACCUGAUGAUUCCACAGUAUCACCACAGCUCCGUGAGGGUCCUGAUUUCAACCUCUGUCCCCGGGAUGUGGGGCUCCGGCGCUCCUCAGAGGGGGUACUGCAGCCCCCGCCCACAGGACAGGGCCUGGGGGAGCUGGGGGGCUCGCUGAGUGUCCUGCCCCGGCCUGGAGACCUCCUGUCAGAGCCCUCCCUGGGCAGUGAGUCCGGCUGGAGCCUUUCCCAGUCCUUUGAGUGGACAUUCCCAUCGCGGGGAGCACGCUUGCCAGCCUUCCCUCCGCGCUCCCCCAUCCGGGAGACACCUGACUCAGGGCUCUCUGAAGAGGGGGAGUCAGAUGGGGAGGCUGCAGCCCCCAGCCCUCCAAAGGACAGCAGAUUGGAAGGAUCUGACAGCCAGCAGGCAGAGGGGCCUCCAUGCCCAGGGGGUCCCUUGGCCCAGCGAGAGGCUGAGGGUUCGGCUGAGGAGGAGGAGGAAGAGGAAAGGGAGGCAGAGCAGGAUGCUCCCGUGUCCCACUCCCCACUUUACGUGACAAAGCCUGACCAGGACCCACCUGAGCCUGAGUCCCCCACCCAACCCAGCCUCACCACAGCUGCCUCCCUGGAUCCAACCUCCCCAGAUCCAGCUGUUCCAGCUGACUCAGCCUGGGCAGGUGAUGGCCCCAAGAGCUUGCAGGGUCCUGGGGGCCCAGACCAGGCUGAAGGACCCUCGCAGGACCCUGACCCCCACGCCGACCCGGGCUGGGUGACAGAACUGUUGGCAUCACCCGGGGUUCACAGCUCUCCAGAGAAUCUGCUGGGCUGGUCACAGAAGGACCUGUGCAGUGAGUUUGGCAUUGGCCAGCCUCGCCAGGACAGCACCUUUGACUGGAGCCACCCAGGUGUGUCCAGGAAGAGAGACUGGCCUGUUGAGACUAAGCAGGACCAGGAAUUUGAGACCAAAUCCAGCUGGGACAGCACCUGUGGUGACAAGGACAGCACUGCCCAGGAAAGCUGGAGUGGUGACUACAGAGCAACGGAGCUGAUGGGGGAUACAAAACUGGGCUGCAAUGACUGGUCCCAGUCUGUUGUCACUGGGAAGAGCUGCUCACAGGAUCAAGACUUCAGUACCAGCAUAGCCAAGUGGGGCCAGGGCUAUGGCAGCACCGAGGAGCUUGGCUCCAGACAAGCCAGCUGGGGCAGUGGCCUUGGCACGGGGCAUGUGCAGCAUCUGGACAAGGAGCCAUGCUCUGGGCAGCCCACCUGGGCAGGCAGGUACAGCGGUGGGGACACAGAGAUGAAGGACAGGGAGCUCACCCCAGACUGGGCCAGCAAGUACAGCAGCCAGGAUGCUGGGAGCAAGGAGAAUUUAACGCUGGGCUGGGCUGGCAGAUCCAGCACUGGGGAUGCUGGAAGCCCAGAUAAGGAGCUCAGUCCAAGCCAGCCAGCCUGGGACAGGAGGUAUAACUCUAGGGACAUGGAGAGCCAGGACCGGGAGUUCAGUCCCAGCCGACCAGCCUGGACUGGUGAAGUCAGGGACAUGGAAAGCCAGGACAGGGAGUUCAGCCCCAGGAGACCAGCCUGGACUGGUGAAAUCAGGGACAUGGAAAGCCAGGACCAGAAGAUCAGCCCCAGCAGGCCAGUCUGGGAUGACAAAUCCAGCACCAGGGACACAGAAAGCCAGGACAGGGAAUUCAGCCCCAGCAGGUCAGCCUGGGAUGACAGAUCCAGCACCGGGGACACAGAAAGCCAGGCCAGGGAAUUCAGCCCCAGCAGGUCAGCCUGGGAUGACAGAUCCAGCACCGGGGACACAGAAAGCCAGGACAGGGAAUUCAGCCCCAGCAGGCCAGCCUGGGUUGACAGAUCCAGCAGCAAGGACACAGAAAGCCAGGCCAGGGAAUUCAGCCCCAGCAUGCCGGCCUGGGCUGACAGAUCCAGCAGCAAGGACACAGAAAGCCAGGACCAGGAAUUCGGCCCCAGCAGGCCAGCCUGGGUUGACAGAUCCAGCAGCAAGGACACAGAAAGCCAGGACCAGGAAUUCAGCCCCAGCAGGCCAGCCUGGGAUGACAGAUCCAGCACCAGGGACAUGGAGAGCCAGGCCAGGGAAUUCAGCCCCAGUAGGCCAGCCUGGGAUGACAGAUCCAGCACCAGGGACACAGAAAGCCAGGACCAGAAAUUCAGCCCCAACAGGCUGGCUGAAGCCAGUGAAAGCAGCACCAGGGACCUGGAGACCCAGCAUGAGUUCAUUCCCAGCAAAGCAGCCUGGGGUGACACAUCCAGCACCAGGGACCUGGAGACCCAGGACUGUGAAUUCACAUCCAGCAGAGCAGACACGGAUGACAGGCACAGCACCGGCGACACGGAGACCCGGAAUGGGGAGUUGUUCAGCCCCAGCGGAGGUGUCUGGGGUGAUAGAUACAGCACCAGGGAUGUGGAAUCCCAGGACAGAGAGUUGAGCCCCAGUGGAGCAGCCCGGGAUAGGCAGCACAGCUCCAUGAUCCCCAGGGAGGAAGAGCAGGAGCUGAUCCCAGCCCGGCUGAGCUGGCCUGGUGAGAGCAGCAUCGGGCAGACUGGGCUGGUCGGGCUUGGUGAGGAGGACAUGCCCAGCUCCCACCACCCUGAUCCCCUGGCCCAGGAGCCCACCUGGGGCAGUGCCCACCAGCAGGAGCAUGACAGCUCCAGCAGCAGGGUCUGGGCUGAGGGACUUGGAGCAACUGAGUGCCAGAACCAGUUUGGUGUCAUUGGGACAGAGCAGGUGGCAGCCCCCUGCAGUGCCGGGGUCUUGGAUGGCUCCAUGCCCAGCGUCCUGACACAGCCCCAGGUAGGCUUGCACAGGGAUCUCUCUCUGGACAUGAGUGCCUGCUGGAACCAGGACCUGGACAGCUGGAGUGUAGAGCCACAGGAUGCUGAGGCCAAGCGCCAGGAAUGGGCAAGUGCCUUCAGUGCCCGCUGUGCUGCCCGCAGCCGGGACCUUGGUGCAAGGGAGCAGAGCCUGGGAGGGGCCACCAGCACAGAGCACGGCAGGUCAGCCCCCAGCCCUUCGAUGGGUGACAUUCCAGCUGAUCCCACAGCUGUGCAGCCCCCUCGGAGCGAGUCACCCAACCCUUCAGAGGAAGAGAGGGAUCCCUCUGAGCCAGCCGCUGCCCCACAGAGCCCCAGGGCCUGCCCUCUGCUGCCAGAGGCUGCCCGUGGGAUCCCAGCAGACACAGGAAGUGAGGAACAGCCCUCAGACUAUCCAGAUGGGGAGAGCUCCUCGAGCUGGGGGGAGCAGCAGCACUCUCUGGCUACCCAUCAGCCCGAGGGGUCCAUGGAACAGGGGCAGGAAUUUCCUCUUCUGGAGGACACAGAGCUCCUGGACAGCAGUGUGUUGCGCUGCAAGGCCAGCCUGGGCCGCAAGCGCCAACACCGGGCACCAUCCCUGCGCCCCACCACCACUGAGGGGGAGAGCUGGAUCUUCCGGGACUCCACAGAGCCCCGGCCUGCCUCAGCAGCAUCCUCUGACGAGGAAGCAGCAGAGGAGCCCCGGAGCCGGAGGAUGCGUGGCUCGCCGUCGGGCAGGGGCGUUAAGGUGCCUCUCUUUCCCGGCCUCAGUGCCUCCGCCAUCAAGGCCAAGCUGAGGGGUCGCAACCGCUCGGCCGAGGAGGGGACAUUGUCAGGGGACAGCAAGGGGACCCCUCCUAAGGACCCCCAUGUGCAGCGCUCCAAGUCCUGCAAGAUCCCUGGUGUCAGUGGAAAACCCCUGACCCUUCCCCCCAAGCCAGAGAAAUCCUCAGGAUCCGAGGCCUCUCCCCCCCAUUGGCUGCAGGCGCUGAAGCUGAAGAGGAAAAAGCCUUGAGCAGGGUUCACUGCCUGACGCUGACCGCCCACUGUCCCCGAACCAGGGCU